UGAAUGCAAAAUUUCUCUUCUGAAAAGGUCUUCCUAAACCCCUCGCCCCCCGCUCGCUAAACACACUAGACAUUUCCGAUGGGCAAGAACGGGAAGAAGACGGAGUCGCACCGGCAAGGCCGAGGCCGCCGUGCCUCACGCUUCCGCGGCGGCGGCGGCGGCGGCGACGAGGAUGGUGACGAGUUGCCUUCAUCUGCCUAUGAUGCUCCACCGCCACACCACGAGGACUCCGACGGUGACGACACCGACGAAGCAGCAGCCGAGGACGAACACGAAGGGGGUGUGGAUGGAGGUGACCAGGAGCAGCGGGAAGUAGGUUCCAUGCCUUCCAAGUUCCACCUGUACCAACUCUCCGUCCAGUCGCCAAAAGGGGACAUUAGCUACCUGCAGAAGUUCUUCCUUAUGUACGUCGGCGGGCGCGUCCCUCUGCACUUCCAAGAGGAUUUCUGUGGCACGGCCCUCCUCAGUGCUGAGUGGCUUCGUACUGAUGCAAGGCGUACAGCAGUUGGCUUAGAUUUGGACCUUGAGUCACUUGAGUGGUGUCUUGAAAACAACCUGAGCAAGAUUGGAGCUGAUGGGUAUUCAAGAAUGCUACUUUUCCAUGGAAAUGUUCUACAGCCAAAUGUAGCUCGCCUAGUCAAGCAAAAGAUCUGUGAUGCCAUGCAAGAUCUGCACGUAAACAAUGAUAAUGACUCUUUAGCAAGUAACAUCUGUGAUCAGUUGGAUCCUGCUAGCCCAAAAUGCUCAGCCAAUUCAACCAUGUCGGAUUUGGUUUUGCCGGCAAGAGACAUUAUUUGUGCAUUCAACUACAGUUGCUGUUGUCUCCACAGGAGAAAGGACUUGGUUUUGUAUUUUAGGCAUGCUUUCAAUGCACUGUCAAAACGAGGUGGUAUAUUUGUAAUGGAUGUGUAUGGUGGCACAUCAUCUGAACGCAAGCUACGUCUGCAGAGGAGGUUCCCCAGCUUCACUUAUUUCUGGGAGCAAGAAGAGUUCGAUAUCAUAAGUCACCAAACAAGGAUCAGUCUCCACUUCCAAGCUGGAAAGAAGCAAAUGUUACGGCAUGCUUUCACGUACCAUUGGCGCCUGUGGUCGAUACCAGAAAUCAAAGACUGCUUGGAGGAAGCUGGAUUUAAAUCAAUCCAUGUCUGGAUCAGGGAGAUGCCAAAUACCCAAUCAAGUGGAAAUGCUAAAGAAUAUAAUGCCAACCGUGAUGUGAAAUAUGAAGAAUUACAGCAUUUCAAUCAAGCAGAUGCUUGGAAUGCAUAUGUUGUUGGAGUAGCAAAUAUCUAGAUGAUUCAUGCUACCUUCUUUUUUUAGAGAGAAGAUGUUGGAAACCUUUGCAGUUUUCCGUUCUGAUGCUAUCCGGUCAGUUUCUCUGAUGCUGCCUGCCGGAGUAGUAUCUUUUUAUCUAAUGCACAAGUGCUUAACAUGGAUUCCCUUCUCGUUGAAACUAGAAUGUGUAAUUGCUCCACUCUAUGCCAGGAAACUAGGAAAGUUGUAUGUCUUGGGCUAUGAUGUUUGUUCUAGAUGAGAUGCUAGCUAACAUGUAGUAUCAUCAUAUCUGUACCGAUCAAAUAGAGAGCAGUCAAACCCCAAAGACAAUCUACUGAAGAUGGUGAUUCACUAUUUCUUGAUGCAGUCAUACAGGGGUUGUAUGUCCAGUCAGUUUCAUGCAGCAUAACCUUUUCAGGUUUGCAUGCCAAUGGUGUUCUGUGCUGAUUAA